AUGGAAAGACCUCGACUGGGAGACAGACAGAGAUCCAACACCAUUAUUGUGCCCAAGGGUCGAGACGUCGUCCAACGAGAAAGGCCCGAAUACCCCCCGGAUGACGCCCGAGCCAUGAGUCCCCGACGCAACAGUGAGGACAUUGAGAGGAUAGAGCGUGGUCUUCGUGAGACGUUGAAAGAACAAGCGCGAAACCUACAAUCUUCACUCGCCGCACUGGCGGAAAAGAUCGAUGAGGUCAAGAAUGAUCACAACAAGCUCGAGACCGAGAAUCGCUUCCUGCAGGAUUACAUCGGCGGCUUGACAAGAACAAUGUCGAGAGACAAUCUCGGCCGAAGUGCAAGCACUAGCAGCAAGAAGAAGGGCAAACGAUGA